AUGCAAAGUUGUGGAUCCAGGAGUCGGAUUCCAAUCGCCUCUGCGAUCGAUAGUAGUCUGGACCGUACCAGUCGUGAUCGGUUCAGAGGAGCCCGGUGUAUAAUGGUGAAGGCUUGCUCCUUGUCUAUGACAUGUCUGGUUUCGGCCAAAUGUGAUGCAAUCGCGCUUGAGCCGGGAUUGUGUUCUCGCAUUCUGUCCGACAGAUGCCUUGUCGUACGAUUAACGUAUGAUGCUCGGUACGAGCAUACAAAUGAGUACACACAAAAGCUGGUGGUAAAACGUGGCAAUUUGUCCUUCAAGCGGAAUUUGAUAGCGGGGCUGGAGUUGAAGCUCAAAUACAGAUUAGCAGCCAAAAAAUGCAAACCGGGUGUGAGAGACGGGAGUUCUUCGGGGUCUAGAAGCUCAGAAACAGGCGCGGAACAAACGCUCGGAUCAGAGGGCAUCAGGCCAGCAAAUCAGUUUCACGCGACAGAAGAGAAAGGUGAUCGUCCAUCAGAAAUCGCAGAGAAGCUUUGGGAACGUGUGGUUGAUAAAAUCUAUGCGCAACAGCUCACCUUUCUGCUGGAGGCCUGCCGUGCGGAGUUUAUCCCCUCGUCCGGAAGUUCAGAACAGGAGUCGCCUGUCAACGCACGAUGUCGUUCAGGACGGAACCGUAUAACCGGAGUGGACUGCCCAAAGAAAACACCCGAGUCAUGGGAUAUUUCACCGGAGACCGCCGGGCUGUUAAAAGAACCCAUUUGUUCUGUGAAAUUGAUGCAAUCGGAACCACCAUCGUGA